UAUUCAUGCUUUUAAUACUAGUACAAAAUCUGUUUGUGACAAUGGAAGUACAAAGAGACAAGCCAUUUUGAAAAUAUUAAAAAGGAAAGUGACUUAAGCAAAAACCUUGGGGGUUUUGCCAAGCAGCUGUGCAGCUGUUACCAAUGGGAAAGGAAAACGGUGGUCAGAAAGAACUUCAGUUGAAUUUGUCAGUUACAAACACACAUUUCAGAGGCAUCCUUGUUCCCUGAAAUGAUGCUGUGGGCUUUCCAAAUGAAUUUGGCCUGGAGGCCAUUUGGGCAUCUCUUGAUCAUUGCAGUUCUCCAGCUUCUGACAUGUCACCACUCCUUAGGUCUAUUUUCAACUCUGACACCACCACUCUACCUGGAAAUAAAUGGUGAAAGAAAGAUCCUGAUUUUAUGUUUGGUGAAUGACUUCUCAGAGGACUCACUGGGAAUCACGUGGUUUUCCAAUGGAAACGGGAGCUUGUUGGAUGCUUAUACUUAUGACAUUUUCAAGGAAGAAGAUGGCUCUUUCAGCACAAUCUCACAAAUUUCCAUACCCAGCAAAGAAUUUGAAUCAUGGAAUAUUGUCAUUUGCUCGGUUGCACAAAAUCAAAACUCAAGAAUAUGGAACACUACCUCUCUACAAAUCUCUGGUAUUUAUCAAAGGGGGAGAGAAAUAUUUAAGUGUAAAAAAAGACAUACAACAGAAAGGCUGCCUUGUAGCAUUCGGAAACUUCAACUAGUGGAAAUGUGGCUGCAAGAAAUAUUUCAUGUGAAAACAUCAGGACCAAAAAUGUCUGAAUAUCUGCUGCAAAUAUUGCUAUAUAAUACUGUUUUUGUUUGCUUUUUUAUAGUAGUGGAGGAACAGAUGUUGUCCAUUGAAAUUCUGCAUAAUCGUACACAAGAAUUACAUCUUCUGGCCAUCAGAACUUUGCUAUUCAAGUUCCUAAUGUUUAAUGUGCUGAUGACCUGCUGCAUUCUUUACAAAAGAUAAAUAAAACCAUAGUGCAUUGUUACCAUAAGCUCAAAUUAUAAAAAAUGAACAUGAAAAGAGCUGCUAACACUAUUUUUAAAAUGCAUGAAGUGCUUCAAGGAAUCUGGAACAGAAUGCUUCAAAUAGUGAUGAACUGAAAUUGGGGAUCUGUUUAUCGGAUAUGCUAUGAAUAUAACACAAAGUAGAUUAUAGCGCCUUUGAGGUCACUUUCAAUCCUAUUAUUUUGUGAUGUCCAUUCAGAAUUCCAUGAUCAUAAGAAAGUAUCCAGUUAUUUACUCCCAGACUCCAACAACUGAAUGAUGAAAGCAAUCUUUGACAGAACUGUUGAUCAGUGGGGGAACUCUGCAUUUGGUGGCUUAAAGACACAUCAGACUGAUUCCAUGUUGCUGCUUAAUCAUCAUCAGGAUUAAUACAAUGUAAGAAUUUAAAAUGUGCUGCCUUAAUCAUUUAUUAAACCAUUCACGAUUCAUUAAAGCAUCAUCAUUAUCAUCAUCAUCUUUUUCAGGCUUGUGUGGAAGUUUGAAAAAAGAUGAGCAUGCAUUAAUAUCAAUAUCAGCAACUUUAAGAUGCAUGGAUUUCAGCUCCUAGAAUUUCCCAGCCAACAUCCCUUUUCUCCAUUUUGUGGGUUCACUUGGUCCCCUGUGGUGGAGGUGGCUGCUUUGUUUAUUGGUGCUUUUUUUCUCUCUCAUUAAAGGUUUUGAUAUCCUUACUUGGGUUGUUUUUCUUUUCAUGAGCUAUUUUGCAGGGAGCAUCUUAAGAAUUGGGAAAAUGGAGACGGGAAUGGAAUCCUUUUUAGUUCUCCCACUGGCAUCUUACCUUCUGCCUUUUA